UCAUAAAGCGGUCGCGCGUCGCCUCCUCCCCGCCCGGAAAGGAAGCCGCGUUGAGCAAAACAGCUCGGCGGUCCAGCUUUCGCUGUAACUGCGACGGCUAAGCAGCUGUUGCCUGCUCGUAUGUCGUCGCUGUUUUUGGGGGGAGGAUAAAAGAAGAAGCUGAAUACAAAGAUGGGAAUUCGGGAAACCUCCUCACGGCGCAGCCCGCUGAGCAGGCUGUCGGCUCGCUAAGGCUGGCCCGGGGUCGUCGCACUGCCUGCUGGCUGAUUCUGACGCCUCUCUGCUUUUUGUUUUUUUAUCCAUUUUAAUUAAAAUUUUAUUUAUUUUAGCGUGCAUGUAAACACGGACUGACUUGGGCUUUUUCGAAGGCUUCGCUCAUGACCGCCCCCGAACAGACCUGAAACGCACCGGGAGCGGGCGGGGGUGUGAGCGGCUCUGCGAAAUGCUCUAGACGGCCGUGGGGCAGUUCGCCGUGGGGGGGGGAUGAUGAAACGGAUCUUCUGGGUGGUAACGGGAUUAAACAGACGGAUGAUGAAGCUGCUGAUCGCACUGGCGCUGAUCGCCUACGUCGCAUCUGUCUGGGGAACCUACACCAAUAUGAGGUCCAUACAAGAACAUGGUGAGAUUAAAUUUGAACGCAAGAUAGAUGAGGCAGUAGCUCCUCUCCGGGAGAAGAUCAAAGAUCUGGAGCUCAGCCUUUCUCAGAAGUACCCUCCUGUGAAGUUUCUGUCGGAGAAGGACAGGAAAAGGAUCUUGAUCACUGGAGGGGCGGGGUUCGUCGGUUCCCACCUGGCGGACAAGCUGAUGAUGGAUGGGCACGAAGUGACGGUGGUGGACAACUUCUUCACGGGUCGGAAGCGCAACGUGGAGCACUGGAUCGGCCACGAGAACUUCGAGCUGAUAAACCACGAUGUGGUAGAGCCUCUGUACAUUGAGGUUGACCAGAUCUACCACCUGGCUUCCCCAGCCUCUCCCCCAAACUACAUGUACAACCCCAUCAAGACCCUGAAGACGAACACGAUAGGCACACUGAACAUGCUGGGAUUGGCGAAGCGUGUUGGUGCUCGGCUCCUCUUGGCAUCUACGUCGGAGGUGUAUGGAGACCCAGAGGUCCACCCCCAGAGUGAAGACUACUGGGGCCACGUAAACCCCAUUGGCCCCCGUGCCUGUUAUGAUGAGGGCAAACGAGUGGCAGAGACCAUGUGCUAUGCCUACAUGAAACAGGAAGGAGUGGAGGUGAGAGUGGCCAGAAUCUUCAACACUUUCGGCUCCCGGAUGCACAUGAAUGACGGCCGGGUGGUGAGCAACUUCAUCCUGCAGUCCCUGCAGGGGGAGCCCUUGACGGUGUAUGGGUCCGGCUCACAGACAAGAGCCUUCCAGUAUGUAAGCGAUCUCGUCAACGGACUCGUCUCGCUCAUGAAUAGCAACGUCAGCAGCCCUGUCAACCUGGGGAAUCCCGAAGAACACACCAUCCUUGAGUUUGCCCAACUCAUCAAGAGCCUUGUCGUCAGCCGUAGUCAGAUCCAGUUCCUCCCUGAAGCCCAGGACGACCCACAGCGAAGACGACCCGACAUCCGCAAGGCCAAGCGCCUUUUGGGCUGGGAGCCCGUGGUUCCCCUAGAAGAGGGCUUGAACAAGACCAUACAGUACUUCAGCAGGGAACUCGAGCACCAGGCGAACAACCAGUACAUCCCAAAGCCCAAACCAGCUCGCAUGAAGAAGAGUCGUACUCGUCACGCCUGAGCCUCAUCCUGGACUCUCUGCUCUCUGUGCCAGGAAGGAAUGCUCACCUUGCACUUUUUCCCCCUUCACUCCUCCCAGUAACUUAAAAUGAGAUGUGACAGACUCCUGCUUUACGUUUUUUUUUUUUUUUUUUUUUUUUGCUGGGUGAGAUGUCUUGCCUCCCAGCUCCCUUCCGUUAUGUUUCUGGCCUGUUUUUUGGACAGAAUGCUCCUAUCAGUGGAUGAAUCGGAACUCCUUUCUGCAAUUGGUCAAUCAAUGGGGACACCCACUUUUCAACAAACUUCCAUCUACGGCCAUCUAGUUUGUUUCUUGUUCUGCUUUCCAGUGGACUACUGUGGAAGGCUUUUAAACUUUCUGCUCUCUAGAGACACUUACCUCCUUUUGAAGGCAAUUGUGUUUGUUUGAAUAAAAAUAUUGAUGCCAGUUUGAA